GCAAGGAGGCCUACGAAAUGGGCGUGAAUCAGUUUACGGAUAUGCUGCCCAAGGAGUUUGAGGGCCUGAUGCUAACUAGCAUCAAUUUAACGGAUGCCACAUCCGAUAUAGACAUUAUAUAUUCAGCACCUGAAAACACUGAAAUACCCAGCUCUAUCGACUGGCGCGUGAAGGGUGCAGUCACCUCAGUGAAGAAUCAGGGCAAGUGCGGCUCCUGCUGGGCAUUCUCCGCAGUGGGCACCUUGGAGGGUCAGCAAUUCUUAAAGACUCGACAACUGAAGUCGCUGUCCACACAGAAUUUGCUGGACUGCUCAAGUCGAUAUCCCUAUAGCAAUCAGGGCUGCAAUGGCGGAAUUCCACUAGAAGCUCUAAUCUAUGUUAAGGACAAUGGUGGCAUCGAUAUCGAAAGUUCCUAUCCCUAUGAUAGUCGUCAGCUUUCGUGUCGUUUCGAUCGACACAAUGUUGGCGCCACAGUCAGCGCCGUCGUGAGAUUGACGGAGGGCGAUGAAUCGAAUUUGGCUGUUGCCACUGCAACCAAGGGUCCAAUUUCGGUGCUCAUCCAUGUUGGCCAGACUUUUAUGCAAUAUCAUGGUGGCGUCUAUAAGGACAACUCCUGCAACAAAUACUUCAAUCAUGCCGUUCUGGUUGUGGGCUACGGUCAUGACAGCCGCGAGGGCGAUUAUUGGCUGGUGAAAAACUCCUGGGGCAGCAAAUGGGGUGAAUCGGGCUAUAUACGUAUGGCACGCAACAGAAACAACCAGUGCCGAAUCGCCAGCUAUGCCAUUUUUCCUUUGGUCUAACGAUUUGUAGAUAUUUAUCAUUAUGUGGUUAUCGCGUUCGUUUAAAUAAAGAGGAAACUAC